AUGUCUCAACUCAAUGGGCAGGCCUUGACUUCCAUUGCCACGGCGGCAGCAGAGGUCAGCACCUUCAAGCCAGAUUUGGAAAAGCAGGGAGUCAUUGACUUGACCAACCGUAUCGAUGAAUCUCUCAAGAAGUACAAGUCGGCAAAGAAGGCGAUCAUGAUGCACGUGGUACUUCCGCACCUUUUCGAGACCAUCUUGAAGACCAAGUUGGUGGAUAUUGUCGAGGUUUCUGCACCUGUCAACCUCAAAGAGGAGGGCAAAGGAAUCAUCGAGACCAUGGUUCCAGUUGUCAACAUGUUGUCAUUGGUACAAUACCUGGUGGACUCGCAUGGAGUAGAUCUCAAGUCAGAAGAUCUCCGGCAAUAUUGGAACCAUGUCAAAGAGUAUUAUCCAUGGGGAAAUGGUCAUGCUGGAUGCGAGUCGCAAGACUUCUACUUCUGGAGGACGCGGCACAAGGAGAAGACCUUGGGCUUCGUGCCUUCCGCCGAGUCCUUUGAUGGCCGCUCCAGUGCCUCUCGCAUCCUGGACGUGGUCCGCGGGAGCAUCACGGUGAAGAGUCCCAAGGCGGUCUUGAAGCUGAUGGAAAGCUUUAAGAAGCUGGAUCGCUCGAUGGAUCGGAUGAUUCUGGUCCGUCAGAUCAACCGCUUCAAUCGAGAAGCGGAGACCUUAGAGGGUUACCGCUUCAUGGAGAUGCACGUGCUCUUCCGCAACGGAGUACGUGCGGCUUCCUGUGGCCGAGAAGGGAAGACCAUUGAGGUGGAUUUGUUAGGCGAGGUGUGCAUCGUCUUGGAGGAUUUCCUACAAAUACACAAGCGGAGGCAUUUGCUCUUCAAGAUCAAGCAGGGCAUUUUUGAUUGGACUGCAGCCUAG